AUGCCACCCAAAUUGUCCAAAAGCGCUAAGCAGGAUCUGAUUCUGACUCACCUGCGCGCCACCGGAACCUGUCACACGCUCAAGGAUCUAGAGAAGACGCUACCCUCGAUUGCAUCAAUCAAUGGCAUGCAAGUCAAAGAAUACAUCCAAGCCUUGACCGAUGAGGGUCAACUACGAGUCGAAAAGAUUGGCAGUGGGAACUGGUACUGGGUCUUUAGCAGCGAUGAAAAGCAUCAACGUGAGCGUCAGUUGGCCCGGGUAAUGACGGAGGUGGAGAAGACUCGGAAGUCCUGCGACGACGCAGAAGCGGGUUUGGCUGCGGAGAGAUUAGGCCGAGAACAGACCGAUGAUGAUGAGGGGCAGAGAGAAUCCCUGAUGGCCAGAAAAGCCGAGCUCCAGGCGGCAGUGGAUCGGGUACGGAGUACAGAGGCCCAACUCACCGGCGGGCUGAAUCCACUCAGUAACAAGGGUGCAAACCAGGUACAAGAGGAAAUAGCGGGGUUUCGAGAGGAAGCACUGCAAUGGACGGACAAUAUUUACAUAUUGGAAGAAUACUUGCGCAAAUUAGCUGGCGGAGACCGAGAGAUGGUGGAUUCAGUGUUGCGUGAAUGUUAUGGAGACGAAUACGUGGACGGAGGACUUUCUGAGUUAUGA